AUGCAGGAUGAAAUCCUGUUGACCCCCUGGAGGGAAUUUCCUGUCGAGGAUUCGGACCCCUUUGCCCCCCCGGAUGAAGAGAAGUGGGAUUACAUCCUGGUAAGCAACAUUCACGAAGCGGGCAGCGAGAAGGAGAUCAAGAGAAAGAAGUUCCUGGAUGAGCUGAGCAAGAAGGGGUUCACCAUCAAGAAAAUCGAGGACAAGAAGCUAUUUUAUGGAGUCCGUGCCCCAAACCACAUCUUCCGGAAGUACCAGUGGCUCCUGAGGAACCCGGACAGCAGGCUGCAAAAGCCCGAGGACAAUCAUGAAGUCCCAGUGACCACCAGGAUACGGCUUGUGAACUUCAUCCUGCAGAACACAGUGACCCCCGACAGGGAGAAGCUGCGUGACCUGAUGAAGAAGAAGGUUUUUGAGGCAACAUUUCCCCUGCACGAGAAAGAAGAGAUAAGGGAGUUCCUAAAGGAACACUGGGCUCGCUGGAGGGAAAUAUUCCGCCAACAGCCGAUUGAGAAGAUCAGGUGCUAUUUUGGGGAGAAGGUGGCCCUGUACUUUGCCUGGCUGGGCUGGUACACCUACCUGCUGGGGUUUGCUGCAGUGGCCGGGCUGGUGGUCUUCGUAGCUGGGAUUACCACCUUCCACUCCAGCCAGGUGAGCAAGGAGAUCUGUGAAGCCAACAGCACCAUCAUGUGCCCGCUCUGCGACCAGAAGUGCCCGUUCUGGCUGCUCUCUGACACCUGCCUCUACGCCAAGGUCACUCACAUGAUUGACAACGAGGGGACAGUUUUGUUUGCCAUGUUCAUGGCGAUCUGGGCCACCGUGUUCCUGGAGCUGUGGAAGAGGCAGAGAGCCACUGUGGUCACCAACUGGGACCUGUACAGGUGGGAUGAGGACGAGGAGGAGCUGGCUAUGGGCCUGAUCAACAACCUGCAGCAUGAGCCCCAGCACUACCAGCACUCCUACCUCCGCAGCACCAUCCUCCUCCUCUUGGUUCUGCUGAUGCUCGCCCUGCUGCUCGGCAUCGCCCACAAACCACGGACCUUCUCCCAGCGAGAGAACAACUUCACUGUGAAGAUCUUCACCUUCCAGUUCUUCACAAACUUCUCCUCGCUCAUCUACGUUGCCUUUUUCCUGGGACGGAUCAACGGCCACCCAGGGAACUACGUGCGCAUUGCUGGCCGGUGGAGGCUGGAGGAGUGCCACCCCAGCGGCUGCAUCACCGACCUCUUCAUCCAGAUGGCCAUCAUCAUGCUGCUCAAGCAGACCCUCAGCAACAUGAUGGAGUACCUCGUCCCCUGGGCGAAGCACCAGGUACGCAGGCGGUGCCGGCGCCCCAAGAGGAGAAGGAUGAUGCUGGGGGAGGAGGAGGAGGCUGAGGACCCCUGCAAGAGGCAGUGGCUGAGCAACUAUGAACUCGACGAGGUCAACAUCUUCAGCUUGUUUGAUGAGUUCCUGGAGAUGGUGAUCCAGUACAGCUUCACCACCAUCUUCGUGGCUGCCUUCCCCCUGGCCCCCCUGCUGGCCUUCUGCAACAACCUGCUGGAGAUCCGCCUGGAUGCCAUCAAGAUGAUGCGGCUGCAGCGGCGCAUGGUGCCCAGGAAGGCCAACGACAUCGGAAUCUGGCUGCAGGUCCUGGAGGCCAUCGGCAUCCUGGCGGUCAUCGGGAACGGGCUGGUGAUCGCCAUCACGUCCGACUUCAUCCCCGUGCAGGUCUACAAGUACAUGUACAGCCCCUGCACGAAGGGAAACAACACUGAUGUGGACUGCACAACCGGCUACAUCAACCACAGCCUCUCCGUGUUCCGCGUCCAGGACUUCGAGCCCUACACAAAGGUGCCAGACUUUGCCAGGGAUGAGAUCCAGGAGUGCAGGUACCGGGAUUACAGGAACGCCGAUGACUACAGCUACACAGUCCAGUUCUGGCACAUCUUCGCAGCCCGGCUGGCCUUCCUCAUCCUCUUUGAGCACGUGGCUCUCUGUGUCAAACUGAUUGCAGCCUGGUACGUCCCUGAUGUCCCCCAGUCGGUUAAGAAUCAAUUUCUGGACAGAAAACACAACAACCUUCGUAAAGAAUUGAGCAUGAUGGAAUACUCCACCGAGGUGUAG